AAGGCGUCAGUACUUUUUUGGCUUAAAAAUACAUGGAGCAUUAAAGUUUACGCCCAAAAUAAUAGCAUAUAAAAUGACGCAAAUAUGUAUCCGCAGGCUCAUAUUACGACCUUAUACAGUUGGGAGCACUGUAAAAUACUUACCAAAUAAAAAACAAAACAACAACAAAAACAAAUAAUGAAAUAGUAUACCAAUGUAAAGGUACAUGAAUACAGGAAUAUAGACAGGAACAAUAAAUGAGUAUUGAAACAUAUCCUAUAAAUAGUUUUAGAAGUAUGACACAAAUAAAACAUGUGAGUGUUAAUAUAUAUUUCUCACAGUACGUAAUUAUAUUUUCUUUAAUAAUUUUUUUUUCAGAUGAGACAGUGCCACAGAUGACCCAGUUUGAAGAAUUCCAUAGCCAACUGCACCAAUGAAUACGGCUGAAACCUUCGGAAAAUUAUUUGUGAAUUGAACAAGAAUGAAACACUUGAUAGCUAUUUAAUAUUUCUACAUGCCAUUUCUGGGAGAAAUCAGUGCAACAAAUUACCUCAGGAAAUGGAGCUCAUCGCAACGCUAACGAAGAGAGACAACUUGUGAAAUUGUGACUCCCCGUUAAAGUUCACAUUGCAUUACGUCCCUUUGUCUCGUGACACACUUUAUCGACGUCACUGGGACACUGCCAUGUCGACUGUGACGUCACUCGUGUACCCUGAAGGAGAGAAAUCUGCCUUUCCCUUGGAUGGGGUGGAUUUCAACUCAUCAUUGUAUUUCGACAUCACCUCCCUGGGGAAUGUAACAGGUUCUAUCAUCGGUCACCAUGGCGACGUGGGAGUGGACGGGAACUCUACAGAUAUCUUGUUUAUAAACGGGACGAGGCGGAUGAUCCCGGGCUACAAUACACGGCGGCCGUUCUCCUCCUACGCCAGCCUACACCGGACCAUGCGUCUACUGACCAUCUACACAUGCCCCAUUAUCCUGGUCCUGGGACUGUUGUCCAACAUUCUGGCCUACCUUGUGGUCACUCGCACACGCCUCAGGAAGGUCCCGUCCGUCCCGUAUCUGGCUGCCAUGGCUGUAGUGGACAGUGGGGCUCUGGUCACGGAUUUUAUACAGACGGGUCUGUUGGCGCAUGGUGUCAAUCUCAUCGGAAUGAUGGGCGUGUGCCAGUACGUGACGUUCCUGCACUUUGCCUUCCUGUUCCUGUGUGUGUGGUACCCCGUGGCCCUGUGUGUGGAGAAGUUCAUCAGCGUCUACUGCCCACUCAGGAAGGCAGGGCUGUGCACACCCUUCCGAGCAAAGGUCGUCAUUAUAAGUAUGGCUGUGAUUACAGGCGUCUGCUUCUAUUACGUCAUCUACAUGGUGGGCGUACAGGAGACACUGCGGACCUCUUUAUGCAUGCCGUUUGAACACUUCCAUAAAGACUACAACAUCUUGAUGAAACUCAACUCUGUGUUCGUCAAUCUCCUCCCUACUGCUGCGCUCAUCGUUCUGGUGGCCCUCAUAUAUGGGCGUGGCUACGAGUACUACCGGAUAUCGUCUGCGGCGGAAGUGCCGGGCAGACAGGGCAGCACCCGGAACUCGUCCAACCGCUCGCCCUAUCGUGUGACCAACGUCAUCUUUCCUGUGGUGUUCGUCAUGCUGAUUCUAAAAUCGCCCACCGGGUUUUUCCAAGUCUACGGGAAUAUGAAACCCCCGGAGCAAGUGCCAAUGAUAUUCAGGCACCUCCUGCCUGUAUUCCUCUACAUAGACAGACUGAACUUAGCCGUGAAAUUCUACGUCUACCUCGCCUUCUCCCCGUCUUUCCGGCGCCGGACUCGAUCUCUGAUCUGCGGCUUUCGCGCCAAAAUCAACGGUCAGUGCAGGAGAAACUCUUCCGACGAUGAGAUUGAUGCAGAACUAGCGUCGGGCGGCAUUCCUAGGAUAACCAUGACGCAGAGAGGGAAUCACUUCGGGGCCUCCAAAACUUGCCGUAUGGCCUCAAACGUAUGACACGGGAACGACAAUUAAUUGUGUACCUCAACAAAUUUAAGA